CGGCCACCAAAAAGCAAGCCUACUCAUCACUCAUUCCUGCGCUUUUUUUCCCGGAGCCACAAGCUCUCACCGCGUCCCUGAUCUUUCCCUCCCAAGAAGAGGAACAAGCAAGAGGUCUUGUGGAGUUCGAUUCCACCAUGGCCACCAAGCACGUGGACUCGUUCGACGAGCACGAGGUCGUCGACGCCGGCUGCGUCCGCGCCGUGCUGGGGGAGCUGGUACUCACCUUCCUCUUCGUCUUCACCGGAGUCGCCGCCGCCAUGGCAGCCGGGGUGCCCGAGGUGCCGGGCGCGGCUAUGCCGAUUGCGUCGCUGGCCGGGGUGGCGCUCGCGCAGGCGCUGGCGGCGGGCGUGCUGGUGACGGCGGGGUUCCACGUCUCCGGCGGACACCUGAACCCGGCGGUGACGCUCGCGCUGCUGGCUCGCGGGCACAUCACGGCCUUCAGGUCCGUGCUGUACGUGGCGGCCCAGCUGCUGGCCUCCUCCCUCGCCUGCAUCCUGCUUCGAUACCUCACCGGUGGCCAGGCUACUCCGGUGCACAGCCUAGGCGCAGGCAUGGGCCCGAUGCAAGGCCUGGUCAUGGAGGUCAUCCUCACCUUCUCCCUCCUCUUCGUCGUCUACGCGACCAUCCUCGACCCGCGGACCACCGUGCCGGGGUACGGGCCGAUGCUCACCGGCCUCAUCGUCGGCGCAAACACCCUCGCCGGCGGCAACUUCUCCGGCGCGUCCAUGAACCCCGCUCGGUCCUUCGGGCCCGCGUUGGCCACCGGAGUGUGGACAAACCACUGGAUCUACUGGGUCGGCCCGCUCGUCGGUGGGCCGCUUGCCGGUUUCGUCUACGAGUCGGUGUUCAUGGUCAAGAAGACGCACGAGCCUCUGCUCGGAUGGGACUUCAUGUACAGGUAUUUUCCGUUUAUGGUUACCUCUUCAACGGAUGGAGAACCGAGACCUAUUUAUGGAGAUCUGUACACGGUUGAAGGCUACGGCGAGGGAUACUUUUUCCCUACAUGGGUGGCGGCCCACCUGCUGGCCUCCUCCCUCGCCUGCAUCCUCCUGCGGUACCUCACCGGUGGCCAGGAUACUCCGGUGCACAGCCUAGGCUCAGGCAUGGGCCCGAUGCAAGGCCUGGUCAUGGAGGUCAUCCUCACUUUCUCCCUCCUGUUCGUCGUCUACGCAACCAUCCUCGACCCGCGGACCACCGUGCCGGGGUACGGGCCGAUGCUCACCGGCCUCAUCGUCGGCGCAAACACCCUCGCCGGCGGCAACUUCUCCGGCGCAUCCAUGAACCCCGCUCGGUCCUUCGGGCCCGCGUUGGCCACCGGGGUGUGGACCAACCACUGGAUCUACUGGGUCGGCCCGCUCGUCGGUGGGCCGCUUGCCGGUUUCGUCUACGAGUCGGUGUUCAUGGUCAAGAAGACGCACGAGCCUCUGCUCGGAUGGGACUUCUAGAUCAGCAGGCUGACCUGCAUAUUUGCGUCACAUUUUGUCUGUCAUGUAUACAUACAUAGAUGUGCGUAUUAGGGAAUCGAUGUUGCUGUUAAAUUGCUCCCGCGGAGUGAUUCUAGGCGGAUGUAGAAAUGGUUCCUAGGGACUGCAAUUGCUGGCCGUGUAAAUAGAUUGUUUGGAAAAUGUAAAAUGUUAUGGACUGUAUCUUGCUGCAAGCUAUUGGUAAACGCCACACGCAUGAAACGAACUCUUAGGCGGUGGCUCGCACAUCUUCAGAUC